UGGGGGAUCUUACUACCGCAACCAUACCUUUCCUCUAUCUGGAAGCCCGUACAUAGCCACCCAUGAGAUCAUUGUGGGGGAAGAGGCGACGCUAACUAUAGAGGCUGGUGUUGAAAUCCUGUUCGACGAGGGGGUCGGCAUGACUGUCGUUGGACAACUUCACGCGGUCGGUACGGCCGACAAACGCAUCGUUUUCGAUCGGAAGGAAAACCCGCCAGACGACCCCAUCCGAAACAUCACUCGGGACCCGAAUGUACGGCUGGUGGGGCCGACAAUGAACGAGGGGCGUCUGGAGAUCCGCCAUGACGGACAGUGGGGAACUGUUUGUCAUGAUACAAGCUGGAGGGACUCUGAAGCAAAGGUAGCAUGCCGACAUCUGGGGUUCACCACGGGAAGAGAGGACAGUCAGUACAGGAACGGCAAGGGCAGGGUGACCAUGAGCGACCUCUCCUGCUUUGGGAACGAGGAAAAUCUGUACGGGUGUACCUACAGACAAAUGGGAACAGCUCCGGACUGUGGGGGUCGGCGAGACCUUGGGGUGGUAUGUGAGGGAAUCAGUCGGGUCAACUCCACCUAUUGGAACGGAAUCCGGCUGGUGCCGUCCUCGGCUGGGAAGGUCUCCAGACUCGAACAUGUUGACGUUCUCCAUGCGGGACGAGACGAUGGAACAGGAACAACAGCGGCCAUCAACAUAGAAACAUAUCCACCCGUGCUGAGAGAUGUUAACGUCAAGUACAGUGCAGGUGCAGGGGUCAAGGUUCAGGGGACAGCCACAGAGGUCAACAUUGCGGGCUGCAGCAUAGAGGAAAACCAAGGCCCAGGCAUCAUCAUAGAAGACCAAGCUGCAGAUGUCAACAUACAAAACACCAGGGUCUCUAAGAACUUCCCAUACGGCGCUCAGGUCAUCCGCGGCAGUGCUGGACACAAGAUUACGUUUACUGAUUCUGCUUUCACUGAGAACUUUGGAACAGGUCUUCUCCUUGAUACAGUCGGAGGUGAUGUCGAAGUAUCAGGCAGUAACUUCAGUUCCAACACUCACUUUGGCUUAGACUCCAUCAACAGUCAAACACUACUGAUUCAGAGCUGUACCCUGAACUCAAAUGGACUGGACGGCAUGUGGAUACAAGACGAAGCACAGACCCUGCCUCAAACUGAGAAGAGCAUUUCUAUCGACCAGUCUAGUCUAUCAGAGAACCUUCGCCGAGGAGUGACGGUUUCAAUCACCUACUCAUCAUACAACUGCCGCGACCACCAAACCAUCUUCAAUGUUACAGGCAGCGAAGUUAACGCGAAUCCGGAAGGAGCCAUGGACAUCAGUGUACAAGGGUCGACCGCGACAUGUUAUCCGCGUGUUCUCCUGGACAACAACGAUUUCAAGACCAAUGGCGAUGAUGUUGUUAGCAUUUCAGGAAGCUGGUCCGAUGUCAAAGUGAGGAACAAUAUCUUCCAAGAGAACACAUGUGGGCCUAACAGUGUAUUAUCGAUAUCUCUCACUGGACAGGAAACGAAUGUUAGCUGUAGUUCCAACACAUUUCAGCAGAAUUCCUGCAAGCGUUUGGGUCUCUUCAAUCAGGAGACCGCGAAUGUUGAUGACAUCCAACAAACGUUCACGGAAAAUAUCUUCACUGAUAACGACUACGACCCACCGUACCUCUACAGAUCCGACCCGCUCCGUGACUACUGCACGCUGGAGUUCUCAGGAGAAUGGAGGCCCAUCAGCGUCACUCACAAUUCCUUCCAGCAGGACGCGUCCCGUUUGGACCUCUGCAGCACCGUUCGGACAGACUCCUGGAACGGACCCACCAUAGACGCCACUCACAACUGGUGGGGCACGGACGAUGAAGAAGUCAUACGGGAGAAGAUAUUUGACUACCACGACUGGAACAGCGGAGCGCAAGUCACGUACUCGCCGUUGUUGGACUCUUCAGACGGAAAUCCUGUUUCCACGACGGAUUAUUCUCCGUCAGCCGACUCUUUCGGCGGUUUAUUGAAGAACGACCUACACAUCUCAAAAGGAAGCAGCCCUGUACUGUUGAAGAGUGAUCUGACCAUUCUCCCCGGCGCCACUCUCACUCUGGAUCCCGGAGUGGAAGUGAAGGCAGCACCAGGAGCCGGUAUUCUCAAUUAUGGACGCACCAACAUGGUUGGGUCAGAUACAGAACCUGUUAUCCUGGGUGCACAAACUAAUGACAACCUAGCAUCUAAGAUUAACUAUCUGCGACUGUCAGUUAAUGACCGUUUAGAGGUUUUCCAUGCUGGAACCUGGAAAUCUGUAUGCUACGAAUAUAGAGAUGAUUGGGAUCAUGAUCAUGAGAAGCAAGUGCUAACCUGUCGACAGCUUGGUCUGGGGCCCCCACGAGACGUCAGUGGAACCUCCUUUGGUCCACUACCAAAGGUAGCGGUAAGAUGUGACGGAGGGGAGGAUUCUUUCCAACAAUGUAACUUUUACGAUGUGGCAUCAGACAACUUCAGGUGCAGUUACCAAGCCCGUCUUACCUGUGAACGUACCCCUGGAUGGGGAGGAGUAACAUCCCACGGUCAAGACAAGACCAAAGUCGAACACAUUCUGUUCAAAGACAUUGGUCAGCUGCACAACAGGAGAUCGUCAGCUCUGUCGAUUGACAGUAUCGACAGCGCCAUAACCCUACAGAAUAUAGAUAUUGACGGGUGCUACCAGUCACGAGCUGGUGUGGAGAUCAUCAGUCCCCCUUCCCAGACUACAGUCCAACAUCUAACAGCGUCUGCGUGUGAAGCAGAGUCUGUUCUAUUUGUCGGCAAUGCUACAGAUUCUCUUACAAUCAACGACGUUAGUAUCACGGCUACAGGCAGCAGGGUAUUGGGUAACACAGCAGGCAUACGGGUGGCAUCGCUAGGUAUGACCUAUUCGGGUCCAACCGUAUCCAUCUUGAACACUAUGACAACAGACAACGAUUACGGCAUGACUUUAGCUGGGGGGCACGGGGACAUUACUGUUGAAAACAGUGAAGCACGUAGCAAUGGCCGAGGAUUGCACAUACAGCAAUGGACGGGAGUUGUGAAGAUUACCCGAGUAAACGCAGGACAAAAUUCCUAUGGUGUGGAGAUCUCUCACGCGACAGGAAAUGUGAUGAUUAACCAAGUGAACGCAGAGCGAAAUUCACAUGCUGUGGACAUCUCGUACUCGACGGGAAAUGCCAUGAUUAGCCAAGUAAACACAGGUCACUCUAGUUAUGGUGUGCGCAUGAGCUCUUUGUCGGGAAAUGUCACGAUUAGCAACGUAACAACGGGACAAUAUACUAAUGGCAUCUACAUAAAUGGUUGGACUGGAGAUGGGACAAUCAGCCAAAUAAAAUCUGGAGGGAUCUAUCUAUCUUCGGUAAAUGGAAUAGUUACGCUUGUGGACAUAGAGGCUUCGGGCAAUAAUAACGGUGCCAUCUACAUGAGCACAAGCGGUGGCCGUUAUUUUGUCAAAAAUACAACUGUAAGCAGCAGCAACUACCUUGGCAUGGUUGCUAGCUUGAGAGGAGACAGUCAACUCCAUGUAGAUGAUGUGAAAUUUCUAGGGAACAAACGAGGAGGUGCUCGCAUAAGUACUCAGACCAGCGGUACACAGGAACCAGAAGUGACUAUCACAAACAGUAUCUUCAACAUGAACAAGCGAUUCGCGCUCCACAUGUCAGGAAUAGCAUCGAAAAUUAAAAUUUCACAAAAUGCAUUCGAAGAAAAUUCUUGUCCUCAUGCCGGCACGGUAGUACUAGGCGCUGUUGCGGAGAUGCAAAAUUUCAGUUUCAACACAUUCUAUCAAAACAAUGCGAGACGCACCAUCCAUUCAAGUAUUUUGGAAUGGUCGAACAACAUUCGUGAAUCAGAUUGUCUGAUCAGUGAUAACGUUUUAAUCGAUAAUUACUACUCCCAUGAAGACACCGACGGGAACUUUCGAUACGACAACAACAUCAGGAACACUUCCUGUACCCUCCAGUUGGACGGUUAUAGACGUAACGUCCGUUUCCAUCGUAACGUGUUUGAGAACCCGCUGGUCGAUUAUCAAGUGUGCAGCAACAUACCGGCACGUAGUGCGCAAGGCUUCGUGGAUGGGCGAUUCAACUGGUGGGGUACAACCAUAGAAAACGAUAUCAAGGACGCCAUCUUUGACUUUGACGACCGAAACGACCACGCUGCGGUGGUUUAUCUACCGUACUUCACCAGCAGUGACGUAACCAUAAUACCGCCGACCAAUCAGGUGAGCAGCACCGACAUGCCAUUACCGAUGCUAGGUGGGAGACUGUACAGUGACCUGCACCUGGCUAUAGACAACAGUCCAUACACUCUGACCUCCGACCUGACCAUUCUACCAAACGUGACCCUGACCAUAGACCCAGGUGUUGAAGUGCAGGCCUAUCCGUGUGUCGGUCUGCUCAAUCUGGGAACAUUGGUCGCAAACGGAACGGAGCAGCAGCCGAUAACCUUCGGUCCGGCCUUUGGAGUCCCUGACAAAUCAAGUCUGUAUAGGCUGACUGAUGGGCUGUACCCAUGGGAGGGGAAAGUUGAAGUGUUUUUCGAAGGACGUUGGUGCAAAGUCUGCUCUUGGAAUUUCUACGAAACGGAUAUCCUAUGCCGAGAACUAGGAUACGGCCCAUCGACUUACAGUUCAAGUUAUAGAAUGGAUCUGGGCGAAGAAUCUGUCAGGAUCAAUUCUAAUAAUUACAUAGACUGUCGCGGAGACGAGGAAAAGCUGGUCCAUUGUUACCAACGCGACACUGUCUUUACCCGGACGCAGUGCUCAGGCAGGAAUGCGCAGUUUGUGAGAUGCUCACCAGUAUCCACACAUUCAACAGUUCCAGAGACAACCUGCACGUCACAUGCAUGGGGCGGGCUAAGGAUGGCAAGUGGCGAAUCCUUUGUUCUCAACCAUGUCCAGAUAUCAGGCAGUGGAACUUUGCACUCCAAACCUGCGUCGGGACUGUCUAUUGAAAAGUCGGGUGGACAUAUCUCCAAUGUGCUGAUUAAAAACUGUACAGGAUCAGGUCUGGAGAUCUUUGGUCCCGGUUCGGACACUACAAUUACUGACUCCGAGAUUCAUCAUUGCCAGGCAGAUACUGGCAUCGUGAUCUACGGGUCUCAGAGCGAAGUACUUGUCAGUAGAGUAACGCUCACCAACAACAGCUUUGUCACCGGUGGCGUCUCUGUUUUUUCAUGGCAAGCGUACGUCAACAGGGAAAAUUUUGAAAACGUCAUCGGGAUUUGCGAUUCAGAGGAAGACGUGUUCCUUACAGCGGGCGCUUACUUCGUGUACGAGACGAAAAACUGUCAGUGUGUGAAGCACAUCCAUGCGGGGAAGGGAAAUGAGGUACAUCUACGGGUUAUCGUAGCAAGGUACUCUUCCACGCUACGUGUGUAUUCCGAUGUAAGCCAACAGCAUCUGCUUGGGGAAGUGAACAGCUGGAAUCAAAACAACAACAGAGUCUUCCAUUCACCUGAAGUCAUGAGUCUGAACGCCAUGCUGAGUAGUGGUGGCAAUGAGGAUGAUCUGUACUUGGAGGUUCAAAUCACCAGAUUGUCAGGUCCCUCAAGACGCACGGUUACAGACAGUGUACUGAGUAACAACUAUGGCACUGCAGUCAAUGUCAAGACCGUAAGCGAGUCUAAGGUAACAAUUUCGAGAAACAUACUUACUGGGAACACACCGUUGACACCAGACAGUGAUGACCAGCAAGCUGCAAUCGUUUUGGACGGCAUGAACACCCACUUCGCGAUCCAGAACAAUUACUUAUUUGACAACUCAAUGAAGGGACUGAAAUUCAAAAGUUCUGGAAACAGCGAUAUUUUCCUUGGACACAAUAUGUUUGACACCAAUCAGGGGAACGGAACCGUCAACCUUACAGAUGGCGGCCAUGGCACUUCUCAGGCUCUCAUCUUUGGGAACGACUUUGUCUCUAACGACGCCCCAUCGGAAUAUAGCAUCAUGACUCUGGGGAACACACCAGGAAGCGUCAAGAGAAACCAUUUCCAGCGCAACAUUGGGCUGUACAUUGUUGAUUGGCAAGUCCGUGAACAUAUCAGCCAAAGCCAAAACUUUACUCACAACCGUCUGGAGCACAACAGCGGACAGAGGCCGGGGUACAAACAUACCGUCGCCGUGUCGGGUCCUGACGUACAUCUUCAUCAGAACGUCCUUAACAAUCCCGCCAACGACGCGGAGCUCAUCGCUUUAAGCAACACCUCACUCGCUGACGUAGAUGCCACAAACAAUUGGUGGGGCUUUAAUGACUCUACUGCAAUCACUGGGAGAAUCAGAGACAGCACAGAUCGACCGGAGCUUCCAAAUGUUCUGUUUGAGCCAUUCCUAGAGGAGGAUCCAGAAAAGGGACUCUGUCGAUAUUCCUGGUUUCACGAAGAACAGCUUGGAUACUGCUAUCUGUACAAAGGUGCGGCUCGGACAUUGGAGGACGCCUGGGACUCGUGCAAGGAACAAUACGCACAAGUAGUGAUGAAGGCGUCAGACAAGGAGUUGCAGUUGUUAAGUGCUGCACUUAAGAGUCAAGUAGACAAUGACAACUUCGCACCGGAGCCAUUCUGGAUGGAUCAGGAGCUCUCCAGUGCCGAACAAGCAUGUCGGGUGUAUCGACAAAACGCAGGUGUUAGCGAUGUCCUGACGGCACAGUGUGAUUCCCGCUAUCCGUUCUUCUGUAAACUGCCUGUCGCUCGCGGCUGUCCCAACGAUUGUUCCCACAACGGCGCCUGCCUUGAGACGACCUGUUACUGUGACAGGGGCUGGAGUGGGUCAGACUGCUCCCGACCAAACUGCCAGGAUCUCGACGAUUGUGGAGAAUUUGGUGUGUGUGUCGGGCCCAAUGUUUGCAGGUGUAGGAACGGGUGGCAGGGACGUGGCUGCACUGUAAGUUACUGCAGCCGGUUCAGUACGUGUAAGUCCUGUGUUCAGUCCGUGGGCUGUGGAUGGUGUGACCAGACUCAGUCCUGUGAAUCAGGCCUGUACGGUGGAGCUGACGUCAUACCCUGCCCUACAUGGUUCUACCACAACUGUUUCACUGUCGGCAACAAGGGGCUCUGUUCGGGCCAAAUAGAGCUUGUUGACUGUGACUAUCGACAGUGUAACUCGUCCAUGUCUACCACUACUGUUGAAUCCUGUCUGAGGUGCCAAGACGUGGAAGGGUGUUUCAAGGAUACGGAGGGCGGUUACUGUAAAGUCUGGGACCAGAGCCGAUGUCCAAAAGGUUUUGUCUACCCUCUCUACAACGACACGACGCGCAUUGAACAGGUCCUGACAGGUCACAACGUGAAGUACGUGCCGGCAGAUGGCGACCCUCUGUACCACUGUCAGGUCCGCUUCUCGUCCUGGGGAGCUACCCUGUUCAUCCAGGAGGGAGAACUGGACGUGCAGCUCGGCCAGGUGCUGUCCAGUCCUCAGGCGGGCGGCGUGCUGCACAAGGUCGAGCAGGUUGUGACUGAAGGUGCCUACACCCUUGUUGCUGCGCACCCUGCCAGGCUGGAGGACAUGUUCGACUACGCGGACUUCAGUCAGAGGGUCCGGCUUGAGCCAGUCGUGGACUUCAGCAUCAUGGAACAAGAACCGCCACUUUCUGUCGUACAGAGCGUGAUUAGAGGGAACGGGACGUUUCAAGGAGACAACACACACGUUAUCAAUUCUGAUGUAAAGAUUUACAAAUGUGUGGGACCCAGCGGCAGCCUGCGCCUGGUUUUCCGUGAGAGUGACCCUAACCUGCCGGACAUCACGGUCGGUGACGUCAUCGUGGGCAACCGCAGUAACGGGAUGCUGGAGUUCGUUACCAGGCUGCAAAACACAGCCAUCGGUACCGUCAUCCACACAAACCUGGCGGAUUGCUCUGGAGGAGUAUAUAGUAUUCUCGAGCGGUUCCCGACUGCCAAUGGACAAGCCGUGCCGCCUCCCCUGUCGUGUUCGGGCGGCCCCACGGGUGAGACCGGGCUGCUGAUUACCGAGACUCGGGACCUCGUGCUGCAGCUGGGCAGUGUGGUGGUGGGCAGGAAAACCGGCAGGUUCGCCGCUAAGGUUCUGUCUAAACGGGUGGCCACGGGAUCUGGGUUCAUUGUCAUGGAAGUGGAGCCCAUAACCACAACCAGAGGCGCUUCGAAAAGAUCCUCUGGUGUCGAAAGCAGCGCAAUGAGAUGGGAUAUAGCUGGUGAAGAUCUCGUCGUUAUGGCCGGAUCAUUUCAACUCACGGCGAGUGUCAACGCCAGCUUCACUGCAGACAUCGGCCUGUCUAACACCCUGUCUACGGUAGGGUAUCGUCGGAGGACGCUUGAGAAAGCUGAAGUCCAGUUUAUAGGAGGAAAGGUGGAGAUAGAACUGGCAGGGGAAGCAGAGACAUUCCGAGAAUUCAGGACUGCGUACCGUAACAGCUCAUGGCUGCAAACAAAUGAAGAGAAAGUGCGGAUCUGUAUCAUGGACGACGUUUGCAUCCCAGGAGAAAAAUGGGCAUCGGUAAACCUGGAGUAUGCCCUACAUGCAUCGUCGGCAGGAACCAUGAAGAUGACCAGUACUGUGACGAAACCAGACAUCGACGCUUUUGCAGGCAGGAGUCCACAAGAUGGCAGCCAGUGGUUUCAGUUUGACCAGGAUGAGGAGGCGUCUUCAACAAGAAUCGCCAUAGCAUCAUACGAAGGUGAGGCGCUCGAGAGUGAUGCGUUUAUUGUCAUGGAGAUAGUGGCCACGCCAACGUUUUACCUGGACUUGCCUGCACAAGACGAGUAUGAGGAGAACACGGCUACGGCUGGACUCCAGCAGCUGUUCGGUAACCACGUUGAGGAGGACAUCUUCCCAUACCGCAUGACGGCGUCUGUUGAGGCUAAGGCUCUCCUGAGGACCUCCACAGAGUCAUGUUCUCAGGAAUGUCCACAUGCGGAUCGUCCCCAGCGGGUGGGGGUGACGUCAUUGUUAGACUACCUGAAGGGUCGACUUGAUGUCGAUCAGGUCACGGCGGUCCACUCAGAAGAAAAGGUCUGGCGAGAUGCAACAUGGAUGGAGUCAGACCUGUAUUGUGCAGCCCAGACUACAAACAUCAAUACCUGUGACAAUGCUUGUCGCUGUCCCGGCGGUGAGGAUUCCGUGCUACAUCCAGUCUUCACCAGCGUCUGUCAUUGUCCAUGUACCUGCCCAGAUGGCACCGAUAGCUACAAGCAUCCCGACAUCCCAGGCGGUGGAUGUAACUGUGAGCGGUGUCCUGACGGGUCUGUGAAGGUCCCGGAUGAGGAAGGCCGGCUCCACUGCCCGUGUCUGUGUGCCGACAAUAGGACCAGCGAGAUGGUACCGGGCGGUGGGGGCAAAUGUGACUGUUCCUGCCCAUGUGGUGACGGCAGCAGUGACGUCAUCGCGGCAGAUGGCAGCUGCCCGUGCAGGUGCACCUGUAGAAACUGUCAGGAGUCCGUCCUGGGUCCGCACGGCUGUCUCUGUUCAGACAGCUGCCCUGACUGUGAGAAUGGAGAGGAGCCGGUGUGGGUGGACUGUAGCUGCAGGUGUCCACAGAAGACUGAGUGUGGGGCUCCGCCCACAUGUGUGGUGGGUAGGAUGGGCGUGGACUGUAGGCAGCCGGACUGUAGACCUUGUCAAGACUGUUCUGGCAACGGCCAUUGCAGGACUUCGGCUGACAGCUGUCAAUCAUCCUGUGUGUGCGGCAGUCAGUGGUUUGGUGACUGUUGUCACCUGAGGAGGCCGAGACCUGUCGGAGGAGAUCCGCAUCUUCAGACGCUCGAUGGUCUUGCAUUCGACUAUCACGGCAUCGGAGAGUUUUGGGACUGCAAAAGUCCAGAAAACGACUUCGGCGUGCAGACCCGCAUGUUCGGAUUCAGGGGUGCCUCUCUGGUCGGAGCUGCGGCAGUGAAGACAGGGCACAGCGUCGUUACCAUAACAACACCGGAACACGCUACUGAGAAGAGCUUGCCGAAUUUAAGGAUUGACGGCCAACUCCAGUCCAUCAGUUCAGGACAGACGUACGUCCUGAAUAACGGCACGGUUCAUCUUGUGGCGGAGAUUCCAAGUACCACCGAGUCCGGGGAGGUUGUACUGUUUUCAUUCACCUUUGAAUCAGGUGCAUCGGUUGCAUUUGACAUCCGGUUCUCGCCCAAGAUGGGUCGUCAGUACCUGAACACCAUCUUCAGUCCGACAGCAGACUUUAAGGAGAAGACACAGGGACUGUGUGGGUUUAUGGACGAUGCUGAGGACAACGACUUCACAGGGCCGGACGGAGCUCUGCAUGGGGAUGUGACCUCAUUCGCUGAGUCAUGGCGCAUCAUCACCACUCAUCACGGGUCCGGCCUGCUGGGUUCCUGGUCCUGGGAAUCUUCCAACUUCCAUCCCGAUGACGUCAUGGGUGAAGCAUAUACCGACCAAAGUCACAAACCAACACUUGGAUUGGACGGACUCACGCCGGAGCAAAGAAAGGUAGCAGAAGAGACCUGUGCGCAGCUCGGUUUGUCAGGUGUCCUUCUGGAAGAAUGCAUUUUUGAUGUCGUCAUUACAAACGACACGACCUUCUCACAGCAGGAAGUCUUCAAACUCGGAUGCCCUUCUCAGUGCUCCGGUAGAGGGCGCUGUGUGAACAACACCUGUGAGUGCAUGUCGGGCUGGUCAGGUCCGGACUGUGACGUAGGCAACUGUACGGACUGUUCCGGAGAACACGGGAAGUGCGUGCUUGGGUUCUGCCAGUGCGAGCCGGGAUGGGAGGGAACAUGCUGCUCCCAGCGCGCAACUUGCCAUGCAGUUAACAACUGUACCGACGAGCAGCAUGGACUGUGUGUGAAAACAAACGUAUGCGCGUGCGUCCCCGGAUAUAUAGGUUCGGACUGCAGUGAGGUCCCGACCUGUUACAAGACCGACAACUGUACCUCCCGUGGUGUCUGUGUGGAUCACGACACGUGUCUGUGUGAGCGGGACUGGACGGGAGACAAAUGUGACAAGUUUUCCUGCAAGAACCUGGACAACUGCACAGGACAUGGACUCUGCGUGGAUAUUGACGUCUGUGCUUGUGAUUGGGGCUGGACCGGAAGUUCGUGCGCCAUACCUGACUGCCCAUUGGUCAACCACUGUUCCCGCCAUGGAGACUGUGUCGCACCCGACCUGUGCCGCUGUUACCCGGGGUAUGACGGGAAGGACUGUAGUCUCGUACAGACCUGUCCUGAGCUGAACAACUGCAGCAGCAACGGGAUUUGUGUGAGAAACGAGUCGUCAGGGACUGACAUCUGCAGGUGCUUCCAGGGUUAUGACAAGGAUGACUGCAGCAGACCAGACUGUUCAGACCGGAAUGACUGUUCAGGCCACGGUGUGUGUGUGGAGCCCAUGCUGUGUGAGUGUGACAAGGGGUACGGCGGCGUCAACUGUAGCGACUUCUCCUGUCAGAAGAACAACUACUGCUCAGAACACGGAGAGUGUACUGACCAUGACGUCUGCACAUGUCACACAUCAUGGUCAGGAGAGGCGUGUAACAUCCCAGACUGCACUGCGGUGAGUAACUGUUCCAGUCGGGGAACGUGUCUCGCACCCGGCACCUGCGACUGCUACCCUGGGUACGAGGGUGUUGGUUGUGAGUUAGAAACCCCGCCAAACCUGCAUCGUCCCAACUUUACCCAAGACGUCUACAGGAUCCAAGUCGUAGAGAACCCCACUGUUGGAACGGUAGUGGCAACAGUACGAGCGACAGACAACGACACGGGUAUAAACGGAGAAGUGAAGUACAGGGCGGUUGAGCUCAGCAACACUACAGCACUUACCUUAGUUCCCGGUACAGCAGAUAUUGCCACAACCAUGGAGCUAGACUUUGAAGCCAUCGGAGACAAAGAGUUCGAGCUGAUUGUUGAAGCCAUAGACGGGGGUGCGCCGACACUAACAGGAACAGCCACGGUUGUCAUGACAGUUACAGACGACAAUGAUAACAUCCCUGCGCUGAACAUAGCUGAAGAGUCCGAAGUGCAUGUUGUGUUGAGCGCUCCUAUUGGCUACGAAGUUAUCGCCAUAAACGCAAGCGACCAUGACGUGUCUGCGUCAUUCUCUAACGUGACAUUUAGUCUUGCGUCGGCGAAUGAUUUCUUCGUGAUUGACGAAAUGAAUGGGCGCAUUCAGGUACAACGUACCUUGCAAAUUGGCACAUAUCCAUUGGAAGUUGUGGCGAGUGAUGGCGGUUAUCCACCAAAAGCGCGCAGGGCGACAGUUCGAGCGGUUGUGGCACGGAUAAGCGCAAACACACCUCCUGUCUGUCAGCCACAAGACGGUCCUGCUCAUCUGUAUGUGGACAUCAGCAAACCUGGUGACGUCAUCACAACUGUGUCUGCACUGGACCGCGACAUCGGAACAGCUGGCGAUCUUCGGUACAGCAUCAGUGAUAGGAAGGGCAACCUGUCAAGUGAGUUUCAGGUGAAUCCUACAACAGGAAACAUCUACUUGACAACCACACUAGACCAGUCUUCUAUCAAUAUCUCCUUCGUGUCGCUGACUGCACGAGUUACGGACCUUGGCACGCCGCCAUUGCACUGCGACCUCCGGGUGAACAUUGUUACCACGAACGACCCAUCACUGCCCGUCAACGUCACGUUCCCGCCAGAUUGGUUCACCACUGAGAUUGACCACAGUCUGCUUAUAACAACCACCCCAAGUCUCAAUACAACCAUCCAAGGUAUCAAUAUAACAGCCCAAGGAUUGAAUGCAACCGACGAAGACCAGAUCGGCACAACUGCACCUACAACUAUUGGUGCCGUACCAGCUCCUGUGAACUGGUACCAGAAACCGGAGUACAUCGGCGCCAUAGCGGGAGGCGUCGUGGGCGUGGCACUUCUGACGUCUGUCCUCAUCUACGUCAUGAAGUACAGGAGAAACGCCAGAGCUAAAGUCUUACCGGAGGAGGAAGAAGAAGAAGAAGAACCACGACCGAAAACACCAAAUGUUGACGAACGCCCGCCCCAAGCUUGGGUGACUCCCGCUCCCACCAGCACGGUCUAUAACAACCGUGCCUUCCGGGCAUAUCCCGCAGAAGCAGUCCUGACAUAAUCGACUGUUUGCUAUUGUUGAGAGUAGUUAAAUGUUAACGCUUUGGUUUUGCUUAGUCAGACGUCAAUAUCGUCUUUUACUGUAGCGUGUUGUGUGUAUUAUUUAGCCAUUUGAAGUAUAACAACGGAUCUACGAAUAUGGAGAUUGAAGUGUGCGCUCAUAAAAGCAUAGCAUUUACAAUGAUCAAUAGAUUUAUAUCACAUAAAUCCUCAUUCAGGUACCUCGUAUGCAUGUGCAUGGUGUGAUUUUGUCUUAGAUGAUUGUUAUCACGUGUGUUCAAGUGUGUCAAUGCCAAUAAGAUCCUCAUUAGCAAAGCAGUUAAAUCAGAGCAGUGUUCAAGGCAGUUUGUGUGUUUUAACUAUACCAAUAUUAUGAUAAACAUAUGAUACAAAGAUCAACAUAUAAAAGUAGCUUUUCAUUGUGUUGGUGUGGA